CUUUUUCUCCCCAGGGCUUCAUGUUGCUCAGCACUGCGGAUGCUCAGUCACAGCUGACAUCAGAGCACAAUGCCAUAAGCCCCUCCUCUGGCACCUACAGCCACUUUGACCGGGCCACGAACAGGGAACUGAUUUGUGACAAAUGCCCCGCUGGAACGUUCGUGUCUAAGCACUGCACCAACACGACCUUACGAGAGUGCAGCGACUGCCCCGGUGGGACUUUUACCAAGCACAAGAAUGGGAUCGAGAGAUGCCACCCCUGUAGGAAGCCCUGUCAGCGGCUGAUGGUCGAGAGGACACCUUGCAGGGCGUGGGCCGACCGCGAAUGCUCCUGCCCGCCUGGCCGCUUCCUAGCCAGUGACACUUGCAACCUUUACUCCGAGUGCCCUGUCGGCUGGGGCUUGAAAAAGAAAGGCACCGACACGGAAGAUGUCCGGUGUAAGCCGUGCCCUCCCGGCACUUUCUCUGAUGUGCCUUCCAGCGUCCUGAGAUGCAGAGCCUUCACAGACUGUUCCAAAAAGAACAGGGUGGUGCUGAAGCCAGGAACGAGAGAGACAGACAACAUCUGUGGCCUUCCGCCCUCUCUCCUGAAUGCUGCUGGGCUUUCCUCCGGUCCGGAAGAGGAAAAGGAGCCUCCGAAAGCUGCUUCUACGACUUCUCCUCCAAAAGGUGUGAAUUUUUCGGCUUCCAACUUCUCUGCUACUCCUGCGCCAAACCUAUACACCAACGCUAUGGAGCCGAUGGGCCCUAGUAACGCAACUUCGAAGAACGAGUCCGUAGUUGAGAAUGCGACUUCUCCAGAGUAUCCGAGGCCCAUGAAUCACCAGCAGGCCCAUUACCACAAGCACGCCACGUCCAUUCUGAAAAUACACCCAUCCCUGGAAAUGAGCGGUGGCGCAAAAUCCAGUAUUCCUUACAAGCCCCCUAAAAGAGGCCCUCCACGGCAGGCUGCUCACAAGCAUUUCGAUAUCAACGAACACUUGCCGUGGAUGAUCGUGCUGUUGCUGCUGCUUGUUCUGGUGGUGAUUGUGGUCUGCAGCGUCCGCAAAAGCUCACGGACUCUCAAGAAGGGCCCCCGGCAAGAUCCCAGCCUCAUCGUGGAGAAGUCUGUGGUGAAAAAAUCUUCCGUUCCAGCCCUGAACAGGGAGAAGUGGAUCUACAACUGUAAUGGGCACGGUGAGUAAUGAAA